AUGAUAAAUGGAAUUCUUAUCUACUCUCCUCGAGGAGAAUUAAUUGUUUCCAAAUUGUUCAAAGGAACAUUAAAGAGAUCAAUAGCUGAUAUUUUCAGAAUUCAAGUUAUUAACAACUUGGAUGUCAGGUCCCCCAUCUUAACAUUAGGAUCUACCACAUUUCACCACAUCAGAUCUAGUAAAGAUAGUGAUAAUCUAUGGUUAGUCGCUGCCACUAGAAACAACGCAAACAGUGCUGCUAUCUGGGAAUUUCUCUAUAAGUUAGAUUCUAUGUUGAUUGAAUAUGGAUUAAACAAGGAAGAAUACUUAAAGGAGGAAUUUAUGAUUGUGCAUGAAUUAUUAGAUGUUAUGCUUGGGUCUUGUGGAAUCCCAUUGGAAACGGAACCGAGUAAAGUAAUAGCGAAAAUGUCCGUGAAACCAGCCAAGCUUCAUCAUAAUAAUACGAGUAGUUUAUUGGAUGGUCAUCUUGGAAGUAAAGGUAAUAAUGAAAUUAGUAUGCCUAAAUUUUUGAAAAGAAAUGAUAGUUCGCAAUCUCAUGACUCAAACUUCAGUUUUAACGAUUUUAGUUGGAGACCAAAGGAUAUCAAACAUAAAAAGAAUGAAGUUAUAUUACAUGUGAAUGAAAAAAUAAAUAUACUUGUAGCUAAGGAUGGUUCAAUAUUGAAGGCAUAUGUUGAUGGUUCUAUAGAUUUGCAAACAAGACUGAGCGGAACUCCUGUUUGCCAAUUUGGUUUGAAUGAUUCAUUAACUCUCGGCUCUAAUGAUUCUGAAUAUUCUUCAAGGAAUGGAAGAACAGGUAAUAAUAAAAGUAGUAUGUUGGACAGCAACUUGUCCAAUAAAGUUCUUUCAAAGGCGUCCGUUGGUAAUGUCAUAUUGGAAGAUUGUAAAUUUCAUCAAUGUGUUUCGUUAGAUAAAUUUGAUAGGGAACGAAUCAUCAAAUUUGUGCCACCUGAUGGUUCUGUAGAACUGAUGAAAUAUCAUAUACGGAACAAUUUGAAUCUUCCCUUUAAGAUCACACCUAUCGUGACCAAUUCAGUCACCGGUGAUGCAUUAGACUACAGAAUUGCUUUGAAAUCAUUGUUUCCUGGGAGGCUCUCUGCUAAGGGCGUAGUACUACAUAUUCCAGUCCCACCAGGUGUAAUGGAUUGUAAUAUAAGUGUAUCUAAUGGUACUUGUAAGUUUGUUCCAGCAGAAAAUGCUAUGGUUUGGAAGUUCAAUAAAUAUAAUGGAUUAACAGAAAAUACAUUGAGUGCAGUAACAGUCCCGUCAAAGGAAGUAAAUCAAACCACAUUACAACAAUGGGCAAGACCACCGAUGUCGUUAGAUUUCGAAAUCCUUAUGUUCAGUAAUUCUGGAUUAGUCGUACGAUAUUUUACCAUAUCAGAAGGACACCAAAACUAUAAAGCUGUGAAAUGGAUCAAGUAUGUGUCCAAGUCUGGUUCUUAUGAGGUAAGAUUUUGA